AUGGCGGCUCUGCGCAUCUGUGCUCCCCAGUCCGGCGCCUAUGCGGUGAUUGAUUGCUUCGGGGUCUCCGAGUCCAUGUGUCGCCGCUGGUUGCGCCAAGUGAUCCUGGCCGUGCUGGACAAGAAGAAGGAGUGCCGCAAGGCCGGGCUGCGCCCGUCCACCCUCAAAGAGAUGGAACGGCUGGCAGACAACAACUUCAGGCUGUUUGUCUUCACUCAUGCUCGGUGACGCCGGGGGUGGGGGCGCCGACCAGCUGAGUCGCUCGGUGCGUGGAUGGGCAACGCUGUUGGAAACAUGUUGAUGGGCACUGACUUGAAGUUUGUGCCGAGCUACGUUUAGAUCAAUUGAUCGCAAGACGCGUUGAAAGGGAUUGAUGUAGGGUUAUUUCCUGCGUUUACUGUUUGGGACGCAUGUCUUUAUUUUAUUUUUUGAAUCCGGUUGCACGCCACGUUUGGGUACUUAAAAUUUGUUUUCUUUUACUGUUUGGCCGUAAAAGUUGAAGGGAUGUUGGAACUCGGACUUGAAAUCCAAGAGUUCAACUGUUCUGGAGGGUGGUGGAAUUAUUGAAACAGGUGGAAU